AUGACGGAUCAAAUUCUUCCGACAUUAGAAACUGGGAUACACCGACAACCAAGAUUUGGAUACAUCCCUCUGCUAGGUUUCCUUCUGGCAAACUUACUCUCAAACACUGCACUGGCCAAGUUUGCACCACUUGGCGCCCUUCGAUUGAGUUACGAUCCGGUACCAUGGCUGCCAAAACCUUCACAUACUCACGGCCCGCAUCCCGAUUUCUAUUGGCACCCAAUCAGUAACCCACAUGGCCCACCAUCACCAGUAACUUUGGCAACAACAGAUCCACAUGAACCCCAACAUAUCUUUCAUCAUCAUAUUUCACCAGGUACUCAACAACAAAUCGUAAACAUCCACGAACGACCUUCGGAAAUCAUUGUAGAAGAUACAGAACCUGAGAGUACCGAUCAAACCGAAACGGGUGCAACAAUACUGUUUGAUGAUAGUAAUGCAUUGCAGGGGAUUGGUACUAGCAUAGAAAAACCUGGGAUCGACGAACCGUAUGCUAUAGAGUCCAAAAGUAUUCCUCUAGGUCUGAUGGAGAUGAUGACGAAUGCUACAACAGUAUCUCCAAAGAAAAUUGUGAAACGCGGGACCCCCAAUAGGUACCAGAAGGUUAGAAAAAAUAACAAGUACAUCUACCAGAAACGAAGGCGGUAUCCAACCACAACCACUCCUGACUACUACUAUGAUGAUAGUUAUGAAGACAUCACAACUUCGACUAGGAGGUAUUCAACACCAAAAAGGAGAACGUCAAGGCCGAGACGACCUAUCUUGGAUUCUUACGAUGAGAGUGAGAGCAACAGCUAUAGCGACAUCAGCAACAACAGCGAAGAGUACGAUUAUGAAUCGUACGAAAUGACCACGAAACCACACAAAAAGAGGAGGCGCACGACCACAACAGCUAGCACGACAAACAAACCAAAGAGGUACAAUAAGAACAAAAACAAAAAUAGGAAGCGUCAGAAAGUGGUGACUUCCUUCGAUGACUACGAUGAUGUUGAAUACGAAACAGAAAGGAUCGAACCCACAACAACCGAGGUUGUUAGAAAGAAAAUCACGACAACGGAAGCUGUGAAGAAAAAGCCCACUACGGUAUUGGUAAGACAGAAACAAAUGGAAACAACCACUCAAGAACCAACGGAAACUACUACGAGCUUCACGUCAUUGACAGCUAUUACCAAUGGAACGGAAGCUCCUCCAUCAAAUACGACGGGUUACGGAUAUGGUCCUUCCAAUGGAAACGAAGCAAUCAGUAUCACCAACCCUCCGAAUUUUGCGGGGGAAACUUCAGGUAACUACGAGCAACCGUCUCCGACCUAUGGUGUACCAAAUCCAUCAAAUGGCCCUCCUAGUCAGUCUUACGGCGUUCCAAGUUCAUCCUAUGGUGCACCGAGUCCAUCUUAUGGCCCCCCCAGUCAGUCUUACGGCCCUCCGUUGUAUGGUCCACCGAGUUCUUCCUAUGGUCCUCCGAGUAACUCAUACGCGGAGAAUCCUAGCUAUUCUCCACCCGUAAAUGGGUACUACCAAGUACCGUUCUCUGAUUGGUACAGCAACGAGGUUAGUAGGAAUUCCAUCGUCAAGAAAGUUCAUGAUAUUAUCGGUUUGGAUAGUGUUUUUCAAUAA